GAUUCGUGAGAACAUUUAUGUGCACUAGAGUGAUCGUGCACCGAUCAAAACUGCGUGAGCUUCCUUCACACUUUGACUUGACUUGCAGUACCGCGUAUUCUUGUUUCAUCAUUCGCUCAAUCUUCCUAUCAUGUCUACGCGACGCAGAGUAGGAUUCAGUAACAAUAGUUCUGAGGCCUCCAGACGGCAGCUCAUGCAACCCGUCCCAUGCUGGGAGAAAGUAUGGACACUACCUGAGAAUGUACCAGCGGGUACUACUCUUAAGGUAUUCCGCUGGAUGAGAACGGAGAAAAGGCAGCAAUUCAGUGACGAUGAGAGCGAGACGGAUCAGCCCUUGGCACCUUUGCCAGAUGAACCAGAAGUAGUAGAAGGAGACGAAGAGAUAGAUCAGGACGAGGCAACAAAUUCUGUCGUACCAGACACAACACCAGUCUCUCGGGCAGAGUCAGAAGCAGUCGUACCCAAGGAAGAAUCGAAACCUGCUACUCCCAAGCCACAUCCACUAUCUGUAUCAUUCCAACCUCCGUCGCCGACCCCUGUGCCGGAGGAUACUCUGGACGAAUCAUUACAGCCAACAGGGGAUAACCUAGAUGCCGCAGUCGGCGAUAUUGGUGAUUUAGGUGCUGACAUGUCCUUGGAUCUCUCGAGUUUGGGACCGGACGGAGAGCCAUUCGAAGGCGCGCAGGAUAUCGAGCAACUACAAGCUACGGAUGCUCUGCUUGGCGGCGGUUCCCUCAUGGAUCAGACUAUGGAUGAUACCUUUGAUGUCCCGCCGUCAUGAAAGGUCACAUUUGCUCAAGUAGAUGUGUACAUGUGUUGGUACGCAAUGUUGUCAUUGCCUUCGACGAUCGUUAAAUGCUAAUUCCAGACAUUCUAAUAGCUACAUUCGAUAUUUCAACAUUGUGGCGUUUAACGGGAAGCACUUUUCCAUGAGCAGUGCUAUGUCCUUGGGUCAUUUGAAAAUAGUUGCAAAUGGAUAAAGGCUUGGGACUUACAUGGUUUAUUUCGACUCCUUGUUUUGUUCACCACAAGUGCAGUUGGGGUAGGUGGCGCAGGUACCCGACGUCUGGGUAGCAUUCCCAGCGGUGCAUUGCCAAACGCUUCCAGCAGGCUGUAGAAGGAUGUUAGCUAUGUUACGAGAUGUGGUCCAUGCCUUGCGCUCACCAUGAUGAUUUGAUUUAUGGUAACAAAGGGGGGUAUGAAUAGAAUGCACCUCAUUGGAGCCUUAUAUACACGCUUCCUCCACUCCAGCCCUGAGAUAACAGUCUCGGCAUGGUCUCGAGGCCGAAACCCUGGGCCGUGCGGGAGUUCCAACUCAUUCAGGCUUCCUUGGGUCACAACUUCCAACGAUGUCAUAGUCAGAUGGAAACGUGUGUUGUGCUUUAUACUUAUCUAGAAGACAUCUAUUUCUAAAUGUG